AUCUUGUUCUUAGAACAGCCUUCAAACCUGUCGCCUGAACGACGUAGAUUGACGGGUGCAUCUCAUACUGGCCCGAAGCGCUCUAGUAUGCGGCCCUUAGUGGGCCCGGCGAGUCCCUGAAAUGGAGGAAGACUUCAUGGCUAUAAAUGCGUCUGCCGUGGCAGCGAGAUGUCAGGCGGCUAUCGGGGCUUCUGCUGCUGUGGGUGUUUCGAUGUGCUUUGGCGACCACUUGACUCUACCCUGUAUCUCGGACUUUCGCCGUUUGAUCUGAUCAGCGAUAUCAGCAUUGCUGACGGCGUGACUUUGACGCUGGAGGUACGGUUGCUCAAUGUUCUCCACUUGCUAAACAGUGUUCAUCUAAUUCUACCAUAUGCAAACGGCAAAGCCCGGAGUAGUGGUCCGUCACAAUGGACACUCGAUCCAAGUCCACGGAAAUCUUUACGCCAGCGGAACAAGCGGCUCCCGGAUUUCCUUCAUAGGUGCUUCCGCCGCACCUACGAGCAUGACUGGGGCUCAAGCUGGCAUAACCACCUUUCAGGAUCAUGCGUUACCUGUCAUUACAUUGAAUUACGUUGAUAUCUCCAACUUUGAAUUUGCUAUCGAGAAUCGAGGCAGCAUGCAAAUUACGCAGUCAAAUUUCACCAACAACCUCAAAGGGGUAUCGAGUUGGACUGAACACUUGAUUUCGACGACUGUUUUCCAAAAUAACGCUCACGCCGCAUCCGGCGACCAUGGCCACGUUGAUAACUGCACAUUUGUCUCGAAUCAAAUCGGAGUGGAAUCCCUAUUUUACGAUAAUAUGUAUCUGACUAACAACAUAUUCGACGGAAACACCGUCGCGGCCCUGUCAGAUGUUCAGGGCCAGUGUGAUGGAAAUGUGUUUGUUAACAACCUGGUAGCUGUUUCAGUCUCUCACUCGAACCCAGAUGGCUUAACGCUCUCCAACAACUUGUUCUCGAACAACUCGGUGGAUAUUUCUGUGAGUGGCGCGAAUCCCCCUGUGGUGCACGGAAAUGCUUUCUGCGGAAGCCCUACCUGGCAUGUGCAAAUGGGAACGGACGCCGACUUCGACGCAACGGGGAACUACUGGGGAACGUCGGACGGGGCGAUUGUGAGGGGAUAUCUCAACGAUGCAUAUUGGGACUCAAACCUGGGUUUCGUUUCGGUUGUCCCCUUCCUCACGGCUAUGCCAGCAAGCGUUUAUGGAAUUGAUAUCUACUAUUGUGAUCCACCAGCUGAUAAGAAUUUCACCCGUCUCACGACGGGAGGCGUUUAUGAAGACACAAACAUUACGGUGGCAGACAGCCCAUAUGUGAUCUCCGAGCGGUUAGUAAUUUUUGCAACCGCGACACUCACCAUUGAACCUGGCGUCAAUAUCACUGUUAACGGCGCAGGCGCUCUGGUGGUCCGGGGAUCUCUUCAAGCUAACGGGACGGCGGAUGAUCCGAUUAUCUGGCAAGGGUGGUAUGCUGAUGAACGCUUACGCAUUGGAAUCGUCACCGAUGGAGGAACCGUUUACGCCUCCUUCGUGACAUUCGCCGGCUUUGCCAAGGUCUUCGACUACAAAAAUUCGGCAGGAUCACAUCCCUAUAUAUUUGAGGACUGUACCUUCCUUGAUAACGAUGUCGGCAUCCAGGUCUCUGGAUCGAUCGUCACACGGUGCAACUUUACGAGCAACGGGCACGCAGUUAUUGGAGAUCGUAUCACAGUAACGAACAGUACCUUCGUCCAGAAUGACGUCGUCACGUAUGGGCUAAACGCCUUCACGUACCAGUUGACUGGGUCGUCAUUCGCCCAGUCGACUUUCUUCAACAACUCUUUGGUCGCAGACACCGGCCUUAUGCGUUUCACCGACUGUCUGUUUGUGGGCAACGAUCAGGUCAGCAAGAAUUCGCCGAGUUCUUUCACCAACAGUCUCUUUGUAGAGAAUGCAAAUUUAUUCUUGGUUGGGUCCGAGACUGGCUUGCAAAUGUCCGGCUGCUCCAUAUGUGGCACAAAGGAAUGGAAUGUUCGACUCUCAACUUCGACCGAUGUGACCAUACCAGGGAAUUACUGGGGAAGCAACAACUUGACGCUGAUUAGAAAUACAGUGUACGACGCAUACCAGGCAGCAGGUCCUGGCAUUGCAAAGCUUGACCCCGUACUGGACGCUCCUAUGGCAACUUUUGGAGCGGAUAUGUACCCGUACUGUGCUCCGCCGGAUGAUCGCGGUGUUGAUCCUGCCAACACUCCAUCCAUUCUUGAGGAUCGCAUUAUCGGAGUUGACCAGAGCCCAUGGGUGGUCAACUCGGUGCUAGUAGUGUAUCCUGGUGUCACGCUCAUCAUUCAAGCCGGAGUCACGGUCCAGAUGGGGCUAGACUUCCAACUUGUCAACCGCGGAACACUGGUCGUAAAUGGAACAGCGGACGCGCGUGUCGUAUUUGAGGGCAAUGCCUUGCAACCUGUGCAAUGCGGAGACUUGCAUCUUUCUACUCCCGCUAUGCUCACUAUGGACUUCGCGAGUUUCAAUGGCUCUGUAACUCCUAUCACGGUAGUAGGGGGCUCGCAAAUGGCGUUGAGUAAUGUCGAGUUCCGAAAUGGGUCUGAAGCAAUAAACGGAGCUUGCGGUAAAUGCAGUCUGGAUAGCAGCCUGAUCGAUGGAGUGGAGGGAAAGAACAUCGUUAUCACAAAUACGACGUUUACAAACAACAACCAAGCGCUUUACAGCAUGCAGUAUGCUACUGUCUCCGACUCCACGUUUUCGCAAAACAAUAUUGGGCUCUAUGGAGUUCACGGGAGCAUCACAAACAACAUAAUCCUCAACAACACGAUAGGAGUCCAGUCGGGCGAUGUCAUUGCGACCUAUAGCGGGAACACCAUCGUUGGGAAUGAAGUUGGGUUACAGGUGGAAAGCAAUUAUCAGUUCACCUUCACGGGAAACAAUUUGUGCGGCAACAAGCUCAACGUGAACCACCGGAGCCCGAUUACACUCGAUUUGUCACAAAACUGGUUUGGAAUUGAAGAUGCGGGACAAGCCGCUGCAAGCUUCAGCGAUCAUCGGACUAACAAGGACAUACAAGGGCGUAUCACACUCAACCUGGGGGUGCGAUGGUUUCCAGUGGAGGGUUCUCCGGUGGACUCAUGUGUGAGUCCUCCUCUGUGUCUUCCGACGACUUGCUCGGGACACGGUAUUAGAAACGCUUUUUCGGGUUGCGAUUGUCUUGCCAAUUGGAGCGGUGACAAGUGCGACAUUUGCACCGGAAUUCUGGUUGGGUCUCGAUGUGUAACACCCGCCGCUGCUAUUAGCAACGACUGCAAUGCCUGUUUGGCUGUGCCGACGUACGCAUGGUGCAUCUCCAACAGCAGUUGCAUAGACGCAACGCAAUCGAACGCGACGUGUGAACUUGUGUCUACGGACGCAGGAAAAUGUGGCAACGAUAACUCUGUGAUUGUUUCAACCGCCACGAUGUCAUCUUUUUCGACCAUCAACGUCUUGUUCAGAUCGGCGACGGAUCAAGGAGCCUCUACCUUACCUUUCGAAAGUUUCGGUAGCACUUUUGAUUGCGUCUGGGUACUGUCGUUCGUCACAACCCAGUUGCUCGGCAAAGGGACCUUCUGUUUCUUCCAAUCAGACCGCAAUCUGGUCAUCCAAAUCGGGUCCGGUGAUUUUCGCCCAUUUGCCGAUAAGCUUCAACUCAAAAAAUCAGCAAUUGCUUCCGCGAACGACUCAACUAUAUUGAAUUCCGAUCAGAUAUUCGCAAUCGACCCCCCGGCUGUGCUGCAACGUCCCGAAGCAAAGAUCAGGGCGCCACAAAGCAUCUCAAGCUGUGACUCGUUGACGGUCGAUGCUGCAGCGUCCGCUGACAUCAGUGGAACAUUAGUUCCUAUCUGGUCGUGCAGUCUGCCCGGCAUAGGCGCGUGCCCUGAUAGUGUGCUUUACGACAUGACCGCCGGCGAUCUCACCUUCACCGUUAGCUCCAAGUCUUUGCAUUCCGUUACCUCAAUGAAUAGCGGGCUGGCAACGACUCUACGCUUUGAAUUGCGACUUUACAACGGCUUCGGAAUCUGCUCACCAUCGAGCGCGGAUAUUACCGUUCUCCCUGGUACGGCGCUCAUGGUUAGCAUCCAAGGUCAGCCAGCGCUUCCAAUUAUGUCUCGAAAUCCUGCUACCAUUUACGCAGCCGCAAACGCUCCGUCGUGCGGCAGUGUUCGUCCUUCUUACGCAUAUCAAUGGACUUGGGAUAGUACUUUGAUAUCCGAGUCAAUCACCCCGAGCGGAUCUUCUUUGGUUGUUGGAUCAAGUGCUUUUGGUCCACCGAACAAUCGGCUUGCAGGCGCAUGGGUCAAUCUGACUGUCCAGGAUCAGAACGGAACUUUUGCCCCUGGACAAGCGGCCCUGUGGAUCUACCCGCAGACGCAGCCCCUUCAACUUUUGAUUGAUCAGGAUGGGGCAAUAUUAAGCGCGUUCCAUGACUUCGGCCUUUCCUUCGUAGCUUUCGACCCCGAAGGCGACCCCGAAGCGGGGGCAUUCGUCGUUCAGUGUCAGAUGAGCGUUGAUGCUGGUUCCACCUUCCAACCAUGCAGCGGAGCCUUGAGUGACAUAGCGGUUUCGGCUUCUGACGAUGGCGUGUCGUUGGACAACUUCCGUCAGAAAUUCACAGUGCUCAUACCUCGGCCGGAUCCGUCGUUUGGUCCUGGGCUGUACAACUUCAAGGUGUUUUGGGUAAAAGGAGAUAGGUCGGCUGUCGGAAGCGCGGCAACGACGAUGACUGCAGACUCCACUUUACUUCCAGAAACCCGAAUGGAUUUAUUGUCGCCACUGCCUGGCCGCUUUAUACCUUCUUCCGUCGGUGUGCCCUACGUAACAGUGAGCCUCUCCAAUAUCACGCUUCAAGCUUAUCCGUUUGGACCUGAUUACACCUACCAAUGGAAUAUUACCACCAGCCGCAGUGAUGACUCUCUGAUGGCAAAUAUCUCAGCAUCAUCUACAACGGGACUUAGUCAGCCGUCGUUGCAGAUACCGGUAGAUGCUCUAUCCGCGGGCACAUUUUAUACGAUCACCAUCAACGUCACUCAAGACACGAACUCUCAGCGGCUUGUGGGCUCAUCGGCUAUGACAAUCUUUGUGGUUUCUCCGCCGUACAAUGGCCGCGUACAAGUCACACCGGACAGCGGAAUGAUCAGCACCUUGUUCCAAUUUCGUGUCCUGGAGGUCAUUGAUUUCAUCGGUGGCUUGGAGUAUUCGUUUGGCUAUGACAAUGCGAAUGGAUCUACCGUUCAACUCAGUCAGGGGUUUUCCGGUGAUAACAUUUUUUCCGCUUAUCUUCCGGCGGCUUCCGAGGAUUCCCCCAUCAGUAUUUGGUGUGAUGUUCGAAAUUCGUUUGGAUUCAUCAACAGGCUUGCUGCAGAUGUUGCCGUCCAACUGGAGGAACUCGAUCCGGACAGUGUAGCCAAUGACCUUGCAGACACUGUACAAAGCCCUAUCGUGGCUGCGUCGCUUCUGCUUUCCUUGAGUAACACUAUCAGUUCUCCAGAUGUUGGGCUGCAACAAGAAGAUAUCGACACAAUCGCUGGAGCUAUCGCGACCGCAGCGAUCGAUCUGGCAACCAAUCUAACCGACAAUGUCGUAAGUCAUGAGUCGGUUGCCAGCGUUGCGAACUUGCUGGGGGCUGGCCUUGAGGCCUCCGCGGCUUCUUCGGCAGGCCCAUCAACAGAUGUCGUAGAUAAAGCCUUGGAUUCCCUACAAACGCUAACAGAAUCGGCAAGUAUCCUGGCUGACAGUGAUGCGCAACAAGACUUUUCGGACCCCGUUAUCGCCGAACCGAUGCCUGCGGAGACUGCUGGCCUUCUGAUCAGCGUGAUUGACGCUGCACAAAACGCGACUCUAAGCUUGCCUGAUGUCUUAUCGCCUGCCACGGACGACAGCCGUCUCGCCGAAGCAGUGAGCAACGUCUUGUCCGCUGUCAGCAGCGGCAUCCUAGUUGGUCAGGAGCCACUGGUCAUCAGCAGCUCUAACGUCAUCGGUAUUGCAAUGAGAGACUUCGGAAUAAUGGACGUGAACUUUGAAGCAGACACCGCGACAGCAAACGACACAACGGAAAGUAGCACUACUUCUUUGACAACGGUGACACCAACAGAAUCCGUCUCAGCGUCUAUGUCUGAGGCGUCCGCAAAUGUCAUUCCUGUAACGGUCUCCGCGGCGUUCCCAGUCAUGGUCAACAUUAACUUACCAACGACGGUGGCAAGUGCCACGAAUUCAAGUGCUGCCGACGGCGUCAUUGACACGAGAGUCCAGAUGUGGGCGGAAGCCCCCAUAAAGGACCCUUCCGUGAACAUUGGUUCCCAGGAGAUCAACCAGUAAAGAUCGACUUUUGGGUGGAUUCACUUGCGAACACUAGCACCGUCUGCGUGGCGUCAUCAGCAGAUGCAACGAGGAAAGGUCGUAACGAA